UAUUCCACAUGCAGUAGAUAUCCAUCACUUUCUAAUACUGCUCAACUGAAAGAUUCCGCCAUGAAGACAUCAAUAGCUGGGACAUACCUUGUUUCCACUUUAUAAAGUAAUGUAAUUACUUGGUUCCUCCACUGGUCAUAAAGAGCAUCUUUAGAAAACAGAGAUAAAAAUUCCACGAUGGAAAACAGUGAAGAACCGAUGACGUACUUUCGUCAUAAUGGCAUCAUAUUCUGUUCACCGUUCCAUUCAGCUGAACGACUUGAAAGGCUGAAAGAUUUCAACAUAGAUCCACAUAUUCCAGUCCUUAUUACUUACCCGAAAUCUGGAACAACUUGGAUGCAGCAGAUUAUGAGUCUGAUUUUAUGCAAUGACAAUGAUUCUAAAAAAAUGAUAAACCUCUACACGAGAGCCCCAUGGAUGGAGAGUGUUCGAUUCAACCUUGAAAUCAGGGACUGCCAGAUAUUGACAACACACUUAAACUACCAAAUGGUGCCAAACUGUGUGAAAAGCAAAAUGUUCAAGAUUAUUUAUGUCACCAGAAAUCCCAAGGAUGUGAUUGUGUCAUCAUAUCACUUUCACAAAUAUAGUCGUUUCUUGGAGGCACCAAAGAAUUUUCAGGAUUUCUUAGAGAAUUUUGUUGAAGGGAAUGUGUUUUUUGGAUCUUGGUUUGAACAUAUCAGAGACUGGCACAGUCAUAAAGAUGAACUCAACAUCUUGUUUGUGGCAUAUGAGGAUAUGAAAAAUGAUCUCCGGAGUGUGGUCCAAAAAGUUGCAUCUUUUCUGAAUAAAAAAUUGGACGAAGAAACCUUGGAGUCAAUUUUGAAUCAAUGUACAUUUAAACAUAUGAAAGAAAACCCAAAAACAAACUACAAAGAUGUAUCAGACCUGUUCAAUUCUGAGAGUGGCUCUUUUUAUCGAAAAGGAAUUACUGGAGACUGGAAGAAUUACUUUCUUGUGUCUCAGAAUGAGUGGUUUGAUUCCAUCUACCAGGAGAAAAUGGGAGAUUUCCCUCUGAAGUUUGACAAUAUGUGACUGAUUAGACUUCAUUCCCGAAUAAUUUGUCAUUUUAAAAUUGCAAACUGUGUGAUUCUCCAAUACCUUUCUAUCGAGCUUUUCCUGAUAUAUCCUAUAAGGGCAUGCAAAGAAGUUGUAGGAACAGAAGUCUGCAUUUUAGAUUUUCAAGCCUGCUCUAUUUAAUAAAAAUGUAGCUGAUCUGAUUGUCAUCUUAAACUCACAUUCUUGCCGAACCAUGAUAAUCUUUCACCCCCCUUGUUCAUCAAAAAUCCUUCCAACCCUGACUUAAAAAUAUUCACUCUGGUCCCACUGCCUUUUAAAGGAAGAAAAUUCCAAAUAAAAAUUCUAAAUAAUUUUUAAAGAAAGACCCUUAACUCUAAAUUCUCCCAUAGCGCGAAAUAUCUAUGCUGCAUCAAACCUUACAAGACCCUACAAGAUCUUGUACUGUUCAAACUAAUGACCUCUUAUUCUUUGAAACUCCACUGGAUCGAGUCCACCCUAUUCAAUGUUUGCUCAUGAAACCAGGCAUUGCUUUGGUAAAUCUUCUCUGUUCUGUUUCCAAUGUAUCUAUAUUUUUCCUUAAAUAAGGUGACCAGCACUAUGCGCAGUACUUGAAUAUGGUCUCACCAACAGCCAGUAUAACUGAAGAAUGACCUCCCUUCUUUGUAUUCACUUCCUUUUGCACUAAACAAGAACUUUUGUUUUGGAUCCAAGAAUUUUGUUUUGUCUCCAGACACAACAAUUCCAAGGAAUUCCUUACUGGCUUUCCGUUUCUUUGCCUCAAUAAACCCCUUUCUCAAAAUUCUCCCUCACAUAUGCCAAAUCUGGUAAGGCUGGCAGUUGUUGCCUUUCCCUUACAACUCCUGAACUGACUGGUUUUCCAGGCUACUUCAGCGUUAACCAUGUUACUGUGCAUCUCGGGUUGUAUGUAGGCUACCAGUUAAAGAGAAUGGAUUUUCUUCCCUAAACAACAUUAGUGAACCAGGUGGAUUUUACCACAAUCAACAAUGAUUACAUGGCCACCAUUAGAUGAGUUUUUAAUUUCAGAUUAUAUUAAAUUCAAACUUCACCAGCUGCCAUAGUGGGGUUUUAACCCAUGUCCUCAGACCAUUAGCCUGUACCUCUGGAUUUCUAAUCCAGUGAUAUUUUCAUUAUGCCACUGCCUCCGCCUGAUAAUAAAGAAAGAUAUCUUGCAUCCCUUCUUAACCACUUUAACUAUCUGCCCAGACAUCUUCUGAAACCUGUGGAUAAACACUGUAAGGUUCUUCUGUUUCUAGAAACUUCUCAGUACCAUUUGUAGAGUAUUUCUUUGCUUUAUCCAAAAACACUGUUGCAGAUAACACUUCUCCGAACUGAAUUCCAUUUGCUCAUCUGACCAGUGUCAAAAUAUUUUAUUUUUCAAGGGCUUCUCUUCAGAAUUUCUUAUUGACGAAUUUUUGUGUUUUGUGGGUCACUUUUUGCAAGGGCUCCUUUCUCAUGCUCACUGAUUUCUUUCUGAGGUGAUAAGGUCACAAAUUAACUUUUGAUUUAUCUUAAUGUCUGGGAUAUCUUUGCUGAUGUUUGGUGUAUUUGGACUCUCAAUUAAGAGAAUUCGACAACAUUCUCAAGUAUCCUUAACUCUCAUAAACUUAAAGCCACAACAUAUAAGGAAAUCAUUAAUUUCCUCAGCACUGCAGUAUUGAAAUUGGCAUGAGACAACAGGCAUACUUUAGCAACAUCAGUCUUCUAUUUUAAAGAAUAGCUUGCACAUACUGUUUUACAUAAAAAAAACCUUAAACAAUCUUUCAAUAGACUGAUGAGGUCACAACUAAACAGUUGCAUGAUUGCUUUUGACUCAGUCACUUCACCUUAAGUAAUAAAAAAAAGACGUAUUUUACAGAAAUAAAACUGUUUAAUGUUAAAUUAGCCAAUUGACCAUGUUCAUUACUAUAGCUUCACUAGGUAAAAGAUGUAAAUUUGGAGUUCCUCUUCCCCCACCCUUUUAUAGCUCCUCACCCUGACUUUGCAUUUCCUUCCACCCCCAUUUUUCAGUUUCUUGCCACUUUGCAUCUAUACUUCCCUCCAGACUCUAGGACUGAUAACUUUGCUCUCCAGCCCCUGGCCUCAUCUUCCAUUGCCACAGUCUUCUGCCUGGCAUCCUUACUGACUGCUCCCACUCACCUCACUGAUGAUCUGAUUGUAUACUGUUUCUCUCCCAUGUUUCUAAGACAGAACCAGCCUGUGAUUGGAAGUGCAGCUCCUCACAGAUAUUGUCCAUUCUGUUGAUGGGAUAGCUUUACUCCCAAUUGUUGUCCCGGUGACAAAAUUUUGCCAGACCUUUUAAGAGGACUUUGAGGGAAAUUCUUCCACUUUCCCAAGUAUUUGAGUGUUGCUGACCAGUCAAUUAAUAUCUUUCUGAAAUCUACAGCUUUCUUUCAUGAUUAGCUAAACACCAAACUUCUAAUAUGUAAACACCCUAAUAAUCUCCUCUAAGUUUAAACUGCUAUCUUCAAUACUUACACAUAUUAGUCUCAAUUAUUCACCGAUAUACAUAUAUUUAGACCUUAAUAGCUGUUAUAUAUAGUCCAAAUACACACAGAGUGUGAUAUAUAUAUAUAUAUCAAUCAAUGUCAAAUUCAUAAUAGAUGCGAUGAUUACAAAUCUCAUGAAAAGACUGCAGGCAAGAGUACAUGAAAUGAAAACCAAGUGCAGUACAUUUGUGACUUGCAAAAUCUCUGUCAAUACAUUUAAAUUUCUCAUGUAUAAAUAAAAUAUAUAAUUUAAAGUGACGUGAAUUGUAGUGCUUAAGACAACCUGGCAGAUAAGAUGUACUCACCUUUCGGGCGCCUGAAAUCCUAUUUUUGCAUUUCCUCUAUAACUCAACCUCCUUUUCGGACACAUCAACCUCGCAUAAUUAGCAGCCAGUCUCAAUUUUUCAUCUGACAAUAUAUGUUUUAUCUUCCUGGUACUUCAAAUUAGAUGCAAGCGCCCUAUCAAGCAAUGUGGGUUGUUUUGUGAAAAUCUGCAGAAACGACUGAUCACGACACUCCUUUAGUUGAAUGCCAAUUAUACUUCAAAAAGGUGACCACUCAUAUACAUGGGAGUGUUUCUUGUAUACUUGGUGUAUAAAUCGAUCCCUGCAUUUGGAGGAUUUUUUUCGACUUCACAAUUUAUCUUGUUUGCCAACUUCUACAGGCUAAUAUACUUUUGGGCUGUUUUCCCAGAACAAUUCCUCUAUUCAUUAUAGUCUUUUGAUAUAAUGUUAGCCAAGAGAGUAAUCUUCAGACAUUGAUGAGGUGUUGUGAGAAAUUGUCUUGCCAUACUAAGCACGAAUAAACUUCUCUUCCUUAUAGAAUACUUAAGUGAUUCUCCAAUAUUACUACUCCAUAAAACUUCAAUAAUUACUUGAUCAUUUAUCUUACGUAUUGCACUUGAUGUAUUUUAAGAAUAAAUAAUAUAUUCAUUUA